GUCUUGAACGCGUUGGAUAAAGUUGAAAAAUUAUAUAAAAAUGAAGCUCUUAAUAGUUUUGGCAUUAUUUGCUGCCAUUGCAUACGCCCUUCCUGUUGAGGAGAUUGGGCAGAAUCAAGAAAUUGUGGACGAGCCAGUAGCUCUUGUAGAUUUAGAGGCUGAAAGCUCAGAUGAUGAUGAAAGUGAUGUUGCACGUCCAAAACGUCAAUUUGGUGGAUUUGGAUAUCCAGGUGGAUAUGGUGGAUAUGGAGGAGGUUUUGGAGGAGGCUAUGGUGGAUAUCCAGGAGGUUACGGAGGAUAUGGAGGAUAUGGAGGUUAUGGUGGAUAUGGAGGGGGACAUCAUCAUCAUCACGGGCAUCAUCACGGAGGAUAUUAUGGAAAAUAAACUUUAAGAUUUUUGAUUAUUUAAAAACAAUUCUCACAGAUCCUUUCUCCAUUGAAUCUUCCAUUUGCUUAAUAAAAACUUGAUCUUUUAACUUUAUAAGAA